AUGGACAGUCGCCCUUCCCCAACCCAUACAAUAUUCACAAUACCAGAUCCUUCAAGUCUACCAUCUACUAAUUCAUCUUCUCAGUCCGUUUACCAUUUACUUGCAGAUGGCUCCAUCCUGGCACCACCAUUCUUCGACGACCUUGCAGCUACUUACCUCGCUCUCGUCAUCAUGGGAUCCAUCUUCACCAUAUUCGCAAGGAAUAUAACUCUAUCAGCUGCUUUCUUAUGGUCAGGCAGAGUUCGCAAGAAGAGCCUCCUAUACACUCUAUUCCUCAGUCAACUUCUCGCACCUGUCGCCAUCUUGUCCUUGCUUAUCGCCCAAUUUCACCCCAAGUUCGAUUGCAAAAUUAUGAUGCGCAUUGCAGUCGCUACUGCAGGAAUAUCCUUCUCUUUGUUGAUGUCCGGUAUUCUAGGCGUAAAGGCUUACCGAUGUCUAGACAACUCUCGCUUAGUUUUAGUAGUCUUGGUCGCACUAAGGACCGCUGCAAUCGUUCUCCUCGCUCUUGAUCUGGCAUCACUUAACAGUUAUCGCAGUCUUGCAGGCCGCUGCUAUAGACCUUCUAAUUCCAUCUCAUAUGCUUUCAUAAUACUUUUAUUUGUCGAAUCGCUGUUCAUCUGUCUUUGCUUUCUCUAUGCUGUCUGGAAAUCACGUGGUUCCACCGCCGUCCAGGGAAGAAUCACCGUAUCACUCUCUCUUGACGAUGUCGCAGAUCCCCAUCUAGACACCCGAAAAGAGAGCAGCGAGAGUCACAAGACCACUCAGAGUCGCCGUGGCUGGUGGGAUUAUGUUCCUACUGUAGAUCAUCCUGCUCCAUUUCACCCCAGAUCCCGUAGAACUCGGUCUCUCUCCCAUGACCGGAGCAUUCCCAUGAGCCGUCUUCCCAAGUUUCGUACCCGCGAAAGAGCGCGUGAUCUGGAGAAUGUGCCCUCUAGACCGCCCAUCCCACCACUGCCUACAGAAUCCACUCGCACAUCCACAAUCCGCGUGUCCACCACAAUUCCAAAUACUCGCAAUGAUGCCCCAAUUCCUCGCCGGUCAUCUUCUCCUGCCAUCUCGUCCAUCAGUCGCAUAAGUCGAUAUAUGCCUCGAGUAGCGUUGUUUAAAGAAGUAAUGAGAGAUGAAUUAUUUUACACCACCUUUAUCGCCGCUUCCACCGCCGCUUCAGUCAUAAUGACUAUAGUCGGUGUUAACAGCACGGAUCCAGCCGAUCAUGUGGCUUGGAUGACCUUUGACUGGGCCUUGGUUUCGUGUCUUGUGAUGCACAGUUUUGGUCGCGUCAUCCGCCGCCACGACAACGAAGCUCUAUUACAGCAGCCGAACGUUUGGCAUCGCAGUUUUCGUACAGACUGCAGUACCGCAGAGAUUUCAGCGGAGGGGAGGGUAAGAUCUCCUAGAUCAUCAGGUGCACGCUCAUUCCAAGUGCGCACCCGGCGCUAUCCAAUGAGCCGUCGGCACGAUGCCGAAGCUCUGCGCGACCCCUCCCGUUCCCCGCGGGGAGAUCCCCAUCCCAACGCGUUCUCUCCCCACCAAGUCGAAACCCGCCCUAAUACCAUUUUACCCCCUCAUCCACCCACGCCCGAAGUCGAUUAUUUCCCCGACGAUGUUUCAUCGUGUCAUAGAAGCGAUACGAAACUCACGGAAAGGGUUUUUGGGGAGCAACGGUAUCAUGAUAGUUUACCUAGUUUAUCACUACGUCCGGAUCCGGAGGCUCAACCUUCAUUACAAGCUAGCCAUAUUGUAACAUAG